AUGAGUGACGCCUCAUUGGUCAAGAGGAGGAGGGGGAGGGGGAAAUCAGCAGCACAGAGAGAGAAAGAGAGACAGCACCGCUUCUCCAUCAAUGGACACUUCUACAACUAUAAAGUAAGCUGACCUGAAACUCUUCAUCAGGUUUCCAUCUGAAUUCCUCACACUCCCGUCUGCACUGUAGCCCACCAGUCACUCACUGUCUCCUACAGACAUCAAUAUUCACGCCAUCCCAUGGUACUCCCACUAAAGUCCGUAUCACCACCAGGAUGACCACAGACCAGGUGAUUGUGCAGCUGCUAAACAAGUUCAAGGUAAGUUUCAGCCACUGUUUCACAUUUGAACAGAAAUGAGAUCAUUUGGUUCAUGUCUUUACGGGGCAGCAAUAGUUCAGGAGGUAGAGCAGUCAUCCAAUAACUGGAAGGUUGGUGGUUUGAUUUGACACUUAACCCACCUUGCUCCCAGUGUGUGUCCUCCACUAGUGUUUGAUUGUGAGUGAUGUUUGGUGGUGGUCUUAGAGGCCGCACGCACAAACUGGCAGCCAUGUUCCCAUCAGUCUGCUCCAGGGCAGCUGUGACUACUAAGUUAGUUUACCACCACCGAGCUGUGACUGUGUGAGCGAAUGAAUGAUGUAUCCGAUGUAAUGUGCUUUGAGGGUCUCUGAUAAAGCUCUAUAUGAAAUCUGAUGAUGCAUUAUUUUCAUUAAAUUUUGAGCUACUUUGUAUUUUUUCUUUAGUCUCGACCAAAACUGGUGACUGUUGCGUUUCAUCAAAGUAACUAAUCUAGACUGGAACGGCUCAGUAUACUCCAGUUUUCUAGGGGGGGUCAGCAAAGCUCACAUGUGAAAGUGCCUCUGGAAGUGAUUGUAUGGACCUAAUAAGAUUAAUGCACAGCAAAAAUAUUGUGACCAGACAAUGGACUGCAGUAGAAGGAAGGCAGCAAAUUCAUUUCUGUGCAUUUGCUCUGCCUUAUUUUAAUGAAAGUACAUAAUUUAGUUUGUAUAGAACCAUGUGUCUGAUAUUAAAAAAAAACUACAUACUGUUGCUCUUCCUGCAGGGCUGCAGAACAGAAAAUAUAAACGUAUAAUCACUCAUAUCUUAUCAAUCUAGUGUGCAAUAUUCAUAUGAUUAAUCAAUCAAUAAUUGAUUCUGUCCAUGUGUCAGAUUGAGAACGACCCUCAGGAGUUUGCCCUGUACUGUGUUCACCAGAGUGGAGGUAUGGUUUGUCUAUUCGAUUACACAUUCAACUCUGUGGAAGACAUGUAUAUACUUCACUGUUGUUUUGUAUGUGUGUGUCCAGAGAAGAGGAAGCUCAGUAACAGGGACCAGCCACUAUGGGAGCGGAUCCUACAGGGGCCCUCAGACGACAUCAUGAGGAUAUUUUUAAUGGACAAAGACGAGGAGGAAGUCAGCGACGAUGUGAGUGUUUAAGUCCAUUUUAGACAGAAGGUAUAAGGUAUAUAACAGGUGUUUUUGUUCACUGAGUAUCAAAGAAGAUAAUAACAGAUUCACAAAUUCAAUGAUGGUGUACAUAUAUAUAAAUAUAUAAGGAGUUUUAAGAUGACCCCGGUUUUAAAAAGGGUGGUGGUGGGGGAGGGUUCUUUUUAUAGGCUAGGCUAGACUGGUCUAGUAAAACAAUGCUCCAUUACUCAGUCUGUUUUAUGGUGUGAGGUAACUAAACACAAAUAUAAAAGAUGUUAUAUUUGUCUUUUGUGCCACGUGUAGCUUUGGUUCUUCACAUGAGUCGCUGAGGGACAUAUUCAGUCUGUUAAAGUGAUCAGAAAAAGAGCUUUAUCUUAUAAUUAAGUGGUUGCUUAGAACCAAUUUUUCACUUUUAAAUUUAGCACAUAUAUCAGGACAAAUGUUCUUUUAUGGUCUUGAAAUUUCGCAGCAGCAGAAGGUUAACUUUUCUCAUUGCUUGGAAACAUCCCCGUUAAAAAGUGUUGUCCUUUAAGCUGCAGAUUUAUGCUCAGAAAGUUACAAUUCAGUGUUGCCAUCGACACGCCUCUCCUUUCUUUUCAGGUGGCUCAGUACCUGAACUUGGAGCUUCCGAUCCUGGAGCACGUACUCUUCCAACUCAGAGAAGAAGAGAACAGAGAGAUACAAAGAGUCGUCAGCAAGUCAGUGAUUUACUUGACUGAAAAAUGGCUGAAGCAGCAAGUUUGUUGAGUGCAAAGUUUUUCAUGUAUAUUGAAGUAAACUCUGUAACAACAUUUCACUGAAAAAGUGACCUGAUUUUGGUGUCGCAUCUUUGUGAAGCAUAAAAUAUUGAUGUGCCUGCUCAUACUUAUAUUCACAUGAAAGUAUGAGUAAAUCAAAUUCUUGUAGUAACCCUGUCAAACAGAUGAUGGCGCCAAUAUUCAUUUAGACCUUUUACCUGAGUCUCUUACUUUGUUUUUGUGUCUCUGUGUGUUUCAGGUACCACCACCAGCACAGACUCCUCCUACAUACUCUGAACUGUAAGACGUCACCUCACAUUGAGACCAGCGUCUGA